AUGAGUAACAACAGUGUGGGUCUGUCGCCCGUGUUGCCCCUCAAUAGUUUCGGGAAUGUGCUGAUGUUUCUUUUCAGCAUAGCGCUGGCGGCCGCAAUUAUUUUCCUCAACAUCUCCGUGUUUCUCUCAAUCAUGAUGAACAAGUCGCUGCGCAGCGAGAACCGCUUCAUGUACAUGCUGAGUACCUCUUCCAGCGACAUCUGCUCUGGGGUAUCCUAUUACUAUGUGGGCGUCCUCGACGUGAGGGACAGCUAUGACUCCCCUAAAAGAACGUUUUACAUCGCUCCCACGUUCCUGGGGCUCUCGUACAUGGCUAUACUGGCUGCACAGUCCGAUAGGUAUCACGCCGUGACAGCACCUUUUAAAUACUCCCAGAGAAUUACCCGCAACAGGACCCUGCUUGUCAUUCUAUUUUACUGGGUUUACGCUUUUGUCAUCGUGGCGGUGAACAAUCUAGUUCCAAUGGGGAUCGCGAAACAAGUCACAGGUUUCGGGACCUUCGUUGCGAACAUUUUCACUGUGAUCAUUAUGAUAGGCCUGAAUAUUAGACUGUUCUUCAUAGCUAAAUUCCAGUUGGAGAGAGAGCCGCCCUCGGUGGAGAGAGAGAACAAGCGCUCUUCGGUGUACCUAAUCAUAGUAGUGGCAGUGUUUUUCCUGGCGGCAUGGUUACCCAUUUUCAUCCAUAUCAUUUGUUGUAAUUUUAUCGGGUCUACAUGUUAUUCGUUUAGAAACGAAGGAACCGAUCCCCUUAGAAUUCUUCCACGCUUAAAUGCGGUGUUAACCCCGCUGUUGUACAUCAGAGGCUGUGCCUCUCUCAGGGCGACGCUGUUCACCAAGGUUUGGAAACCUUGCUGUAGAAGAAGGUAAUAGUCAUGCAUUUUGGGCACCUUUCUUGUAAUCUUCAAUUGGAGUCUUUACGUGUUUAGGGCACAUUUCUACCCAAAAGUAUUUUAUGUUCAGAAAAGGUCUUUGGAAUGCCUGCACACUAACUCUCCAAAAGUUGAUUAUGCAAUUAAAAAUGUUCGGUUGGCAAUAAUUUAUAAUUUGUCAUUAGUUGAGAUAAAUGCCAAUAUGCGUGUGCACAUCUAUUUGUUUUCAUGUAAAAUAUUAUACAUCUUAUUAGGAUUUAUAUCUUACAUCUGACUGAUAUAGCCUAACUGAUUUAUGCUUCCAAAAAAUGGAAGUUGUAUUUUAAAGUGAGCUUGCUGCCAAGGCGUGUCGAGCAUCAUUCUAAAAAUCAUGGGCAUUAAUAUAGAGUUGGUCCCCCCUUUGCUGCUAUAACAGCCUCCACUCUUCUGUGAAGGCUUUCCACUAGAUGUUGGAACAUUGCUGCUGGGACUUGCUUCCAUUCAGCCACAAGAGCAUUAGUGAGGUCGGCACGGAUGUUGGGCGAUUAGGCCUGGCUCGCAGUUGCCAGUUCCAAUUCAUCCCAAAGGUGUUCGAUGGGGUUGAGGUCAGGGCUCUGUGCAGGCCAGUCAAGUUCUUUCAGCAUUGUUAUGCUGAAACAGGAAAGGGCCUUCCCCAAACUGUUGCCACAAAGUUGUAAGCACAGAAUCGACUAGAAUGUCAUUGUAUGCUGUAGCGUUAAGAUUUCCCUUCACUGGGACUAAGGGGCCUAGCCCAAACCAUUAUUCCUUCUCCACUUCUCUAUGCAUUGGGGCAGGUAGCGUUCUCCUGGCAUCCGCCAAACCCAGAUUAAUCUGUCGGACUGCCAGAUGAUGAAGUGUGAUUCAUCACUCUAUAGAACGCGUUUCCACUGCUCCAGUCCAAUGGCGGUGAGCUUAACAUCACUCCAGCCGAUGCUUGGCGUUGUGCAUGGUGAUCUUAGGCUUGUGUGCGGCUGCUCUGCCAUGAAAACCCAUUUAAUGAAGCUCCCGAUGAACAGUUAUUGUGCUGACGUUGCUUCCAGAGGCAGUUUGGAACUUGGUAGUGAGUGUUGCAACCAAGGACCGAUUAUUUUUAUGCGGCUGAGCCGUUGUUGCUCCAAGACGUUUCCAUUUCACAAUAACAGCACUUACAGUUGACCGGGCCAGCUCUAGCAGGGCAGAAAUUUGACGAACUGACUUGUUGGAAAGGUGGCGUCAUAUGUUGGUGCCACGUUGAAAGUCACUGAGCUCUUCAGUAUGGGCCAUUCUACUGCCAAUGUUUGUCUAUGGAGAUUGCAUGGCGGUGUGCUCGAUUUUAUGCCCCUGUCAGCAACGGGUGUGACUGAAAUCGCCGAAGCCACUAAUUUGAAAGGGUGUCCACAUACCAUUUUAGACCUCAUCAUCCAGAUUUCGUGUAAUGACUUGAACAGUAGUGCUUUAAAUGUAAAUUUUUACAGAUAUCUUUUUGAAACAAUUACUUGUCAUACUGUGGAGAGUUCUAUUGGAAAAUUAUUGCAUAUAUAAAUAGGUCUCCAUAUAUAAAUGAAAUUCUCCAACUCAUGUCUCCAACCAGUUCUUUGUGAGUUUUAUGUUGGAAAACGCCUCAGACAUUAUGUUGAAUCAAUAACAAUGACCAACCAAUUUUAUAAAACUGUCUGUUAAAAUAUACACAAUUUGAUAUCUCUGGCAUAUCCUAGUUUUAUGAUAGAAAAUGCCUCAAACGUCAUGAUUUUCACCUUAACAUCAGAACUAUGUUUAAAAUAAUGUUUCAAGUUUAAAACACACAAUAGUGUCUAAUAUCAUUUAAUCAGAAUUUCCUCUGUUCAAAUUCUCCAAAUCACGUCCUCUACCAGUCCUGUAUGAGUUGUAUGUUGGGAAAUUUCUCUAACAUGAUGUUGGAUCAAACUAAUGACCAAUCGUUGAAAACUGUCAAAAUGUACAUUGCUCUGUUAAAACACACACAAUUUGAUAUCUCCAGCGGACCUCUGCUAGUUUAUGGUAGAACAUUUCUCAAACGCAAUCAUGAUUUUCUUUUAAUAUCAGAACUGUGUUUAAAAGAAUAAUUCAAGUUUAAAACACACAAUAGUGUUCUCCUAUCAUUUAGAACAAUUUUCCUCUAAGAUUCUCCAAGUCAUGUCUUCUACAAAGUCCUGUAUGAGUUGUACAUUGGAAAAUGCCUCUAGCGUGAUGGUUGAAACUGUCUAAUGGUUGAAACCCAUCUAAAAGUAUGUUUUGCUUAGGCAAUGAUAAAGUUAUAUAUUAUUAGCCUAUGAUAAUUCAAUGUUUCAUUUAUUUCUAAAGUAGCCUAUUAAUUUGCCAUGGUAAGGUAGCCUUCCUCUCCUUUGAGGAAAACCAAUUUUUCCUUAUAGGCAAUUUGGAUGAAAAGUUCGUUAAAGUCGAAAUUUGAAAAUGACCUGAAGGCUAAUGGUUGUUUAACAUCUGAAUGCUUCUGUGUCCUCUUUUCUCUAGCGUGAGUCCAGGACGACCUGGACCUAA